AAGAGAAUAUUACAUUUUUCUGUCUUCCGCAUCAAGCAUGAUAAAGAAUAUUAGCAUGAUGAGUUUUUUGAUUUUUGAACUUGAUUUUGGAUUUCUUUAAUGCUCUUGCUGUGUUGGUUUGAGAAAUUUGUAAAUUUCUAAGUACUUAUGUCAAUUUCAUCUCAAUUCAUUAUAAAGCUAUAACGAAGAAUUUUAAAGAAUUUAAUUGGUUGCUUCAUUAUAACGAGUUUACUAUUUGAUUGGUUGAAUGUCACAUGAUUCGUUAUAUCAUGAGUGAGAGCCGACUGUUCUGUCAUGGUAUUAUAUAUAUAUGUUAUAUUAUUUUCUCAGAGUAUAAUCAGUAUAUAGUAUUUAAUUAUGGUACGAUAUUAUUUAAGGUAUGGUCAAUUAUUUAUAGAUAUUAUUGAUUUAGAAGAAUUUGAUGAACCGUUAGAAUAUGAUUCUUUUGCAGUGGAUACUGAAGAAAUAAAUCAAGAUGAUGAAGAAUCUGAAGUAUCUGUAUUUACAAGAGACACUUUAAUCAAAGAUGUUAGACGCACUUUAGCUCCAAUUGAAUAUCCAGUAACUUCAUUGAAAAAUCAUCCAAAAGAUCGAAAAAAUCCCUUAAUAAGGAAAAGUCCUGCAUAUCAAAAAAAAAUUAUUAUUGAUGAAAAAGAUAAUAAUCUAACUGAAAUUAAUGCGAUUGAAGAACGGAAGGUUUCACUAGAAGAAAGAAAGCCAAAGCUCAAACAAUAUGAAAUUGAUUUAAAAUACAAAUAA